AUGGAAAACAACGGAACCCCAUUAAUGUCCUUAUUGGAUGGCACAUUUCUGGACGCUUACAAUCGUUCGACAGAUAGUCGUGAAGGCGGGAUUAAUUCUUAUCCGUGGAGAAGUGCUGAAGCUGGGAAUAGGUCUUAUAAAGAACGCACUAGAUUUAGUAAAAUGUUAAGCAGAACCCGUCAAAAGGUGAUACGUGGAACAUAUUCCGAAGAGGCGGAGACGAAAAGAAUUGAGAGUUUAUGGGAUCCCGUUCUCAAUCAAAGCUACGACUUUUCCAGCUUUGAGCAAAAUAGUACGACUGCCAAAACAGUUCCCACUACAACAAGUGAAAAGUUUGGUCUGGAAAAUACAGAACGCAUACAUGAGAAUAUGUCAGAGCAAGAGCGAAGUGAGAAUUCAACUCAUCUCGAUUAUAAUGGAGAUAAUUCAUUGAGUUCAGUCAUCACCGAAAAGAGUUAUGAAUACGAAAACCUGACGGAUGAAACCGAAGGAAUCACCUCCCAAAUCCCAAAUAUGUCAACCAGCUUUGAGGAUUUCCCGCUAGUUGAUGAGUAUCGGUUUCCCAACUAUAAUCAAAGCUCAGCCUGCAUAAAUUACAACUCUACAGAGUUUCAAAAUCAAACUGUCAAUGGUUAUAAUUUUACGACGCAUUGCCUUGUACCAGUUAAUGGUACCCAAAGUUCUGUAAAAAACCAACUAUUGCGUGACAGUAUCAUUGGGCGAAACUUUAGAACCGAAAUGCAGAGCCAGAAAUUUCUAUUAAAGGUGUACCUAUUCAUGAGCCCCAAUCCAGUUUAUGGACAAAAGUAUUCAAUUUUCACCACUAUGCCGAGCCUGGAAACGACGAACUUUGUGCUCAACAUCACUGUAGAUACCAAUGAUUACUUAAUUGAUGACGUUCAUACGGAAAUCAAAUCCUCGACUUGGAGAUACACCAAGAAUCUUCGGAAGCUAUUGCGAAAAUGGGGCUUAAUAAGUAAUCGAAUUUCCUACAAUGGUUGUUAUUACCAUCGAAGUUCGGCUCGAUUCUACAAUACGAAACAUAAAUACAUCAUUGCUACAGUAAGUGCAUUGAAGGACAGACGAAAACUAUUGGCACGAAUGGUGCAUUUUAAAAUUAAAGUACACAAACCGUCAAAAGUGGCAUGCCUACCCGCUUUGGAGUUGGAAUUUUGCAAGAAUCCCCAAAAGCCAGUUUUUUUCGCACCCAUAGGUCAUCUAGAAUUUUUCGCGACAAUUAGUGGCACAUGCUCCAAUGUGGAGUAUGACGAAAUCGAAUGGCAAUUUCGUGAUAUCACAGAGAAAAAAAUUAUAGCCCGUUUAGAACGCUCCACUGGACUUGUGGUGAAGAUACUGCCCUACAAGGUACAUAUCCUACAUGAUCCGGACAGGAAAAAAGUCUUUAUAUUGCGAGGUGAAGCUGUGAUAAACGGCAUAACUACAGUAGCUCGUUGCUAUAUGAAGUUCAGAGCCACCCCAAUCGAACCCCAUAUCAAGGGCAAUGAGCGACGUGUGGUCGACGUCCGAAAACCAGUUUUUAUUGACGGGUCCAACUCCAAGGACAGGUUGGCGAAAAUAGAAUCUAUGAACUCCAAGCGCUUCUUGUGGUCUUGUAUCAGUAUAGACGAUCCAUUGAACAAAUAUUGCAGAACGAGUAUGUCCGAGAGCCCCAAGAUAAGAUUGCCCCCCAAUGCUCUUAAGGUGCAUGCCGUUUACGACUUCAGUUUGACCGUCAUUUCGCGCUCCGAUCCGCGGAAUCAAAUGACCACAUACCAACUAAUAACGGGCAGCGCCAAAACAUCCUUCACGCCCCAAAUCCUUUGCCGUCGAAAUUGCGAUCUAGGUGUUUAUGCCCCGUUGGACAGCGUGCAUCUGAUCCCAAAAUGCGAUGACUGCCCGGGUAAGGUUAAGCGGUAUGAGUGGUGGUUGUUGGAUUCAGAUUCGGAGCCCUAUCUGGAAUCAACCUAUAAAUACCUGAUUCUCCACACUGAACAAGUCCGUGUUCAGAUCCGUCUGAGAGUGUGGCUAAAAGGCAGAAAGCACGCGGAUGCAUAUUACACGCUCCGCCGGAACAACGGACCUCAAAAGGGCAAUUGCACAAUCCAUCCUGCUUUGGGCGUCGAGAGCUUGUCAAUGUUCGAGAUCAAUUGCCAGGGAUUUGAAUCGCUUUUCCAUCCAAUAACCUAUCGCUACAUGGUGCCAUAUGCAGUUGUGGCCUCUAAUGUGCCAUAUACGAGAAUAAAGCUCACCCUACCCGCCACCGAAUACAUCAUGAUUUCUGUUUGUGAUGCCAUUGACAUGUGCGUCGAAAGAGUGGUAAAUGUGAGAGUAUUGGAGAUGGAUGCGAAAAUACAAAAAGGAGUAGAAGAGGUGAUGGCGAAGGUGCCGCAUUUCUUGCAGCGGGGUCAUUGGAAUAGAGCCUAUAUCGCGGGAUUAGCUGCCAACGCCUACCUAGACGUGUCAGUCGAUGGCCAUGAAAUCUACUCGUAUCUGCAGGACUUGGUCCUUACAACGGGCUCGCAGUUGGAGCAAAUUACCUCAUUGAUCGCUAUCAUGCUGGUUCAGCUGUAUCCAAUCGACUUUCGUGGAGCCAUGGUCAUGGCGCAUAUGUUUGAGCUGUUGGGCGACACCUUCACGGAGGUCGUUCCGGAGCACGAAUGGCUACAUCGACAUGGCUACUUCUCGUUGUCGGCCAUCCAUAUGUUCUUUAUGUCCCUUCUAGGGCAAAAAACGCAAAGCCAUUCAAACGCCAUGUGUAGUCUAUAUAAUCCCGCUUGCUUGAAUUUGCAGAGAAUCGAUUUGGAGAAGCCCUUCGUCAUUAAGUUUGAUACAAUCAUUUUGGAGCGCAUCAAUAGCUGGCUGAUGAGCACAUGGUUCCUGUACAGGUGCAUUUUCUAUCUCGGUGUCAUUGCCACUCAGAGACAUCAUCCCUAUGAUAACGCCAUGACCAUCUACAGGAGCGGCAUUGCGUACCAGGUUAAUGUGACCGAGGUGACUGCGAGCGCCAAGGAAAUCAAGCUGAAGACAAUAGACCAAAUACACGUCAUCAAAAUAUCGACAAAGCUGCUCCACGAACUAAAGCGUAAACUGAACCACAGCUCCAUUCUGCUCCAGGUCAUAUCGCAGCAGAACUUUAACAACAUCUACUGGUGGUAUCCAGACCCAUUGCCCUCGAAGACCAGUGUGCUUAUCGUCCACGCUUACAGUCCCGUUCAGUACUUUAAGUCCGCCAAUGAAUUGCUUUUGAUUAACCCUUUAGUGUACAAGACGAAUAUAACGCAGUUCAACGACCAGUCCCUCAAUCAGUACAUGACCAACAAUACCAUCCAGAACAGUACGGAAGUUCACAUCUACACUGUGAUGCUAAACCACAAGGCCAUGUUGGCCGUGCGAAUUGUGAGUUGUUCGGAGCUAAUGUACGUCAAGAUGCGGCUGCACAGAUGGCCAACGCUGAAGCAGAUACGCCAGCAGGCUUGUCGAAUAACCCCCGAAAUGGAGGGCAAACGCAUUUGGAUGGCCAACUCCUGUGACCGGAGCCCGGCAUACGUGGCCAUUCACAAGCCGGGUGAAAUCCGAUAUAAGUCCGAGGAGGAGGAUCGGCUAAAGUCGCGUGGCAAGCGGAAGGGAAACAAAACGUACACACCACCAGAGCUGAGACAAACGGAGGACGUUGGCUAUGAUAAUGAGGAGAUCGUCCACAAGUCGAAAUAUCUGAACUACUCGAUACUUUUGGAAAUAUACCAGUGCAACAUCUGGAAGAACCGUUCGCUGGAUCCCGGCUGGAGCGAGGAACAUUGCGAGACCUCCUUUGAGCACAGUCGCGGAUCAUCUGUGCAGUGCACUUGCUAUACGCUGGGAGCCCUAUCAUCUCGAAUUUUUCCAAUCUCAACGGUAUUGUUUAUAGAGCACAUACCCGUGCCCAUAUUUUCGUUCAACAUGACCAUACCGGCAUUUCUCGUCCUGCUCGCCCUGUUGCUCAUCUUCAAGUGCCUCUUGCAUCUCAACAUUAUUUCCGCCUACAUGAGGGAUCCGGAAUUUCUGCAAUGCGGCAUGCCAUUGGGAAAGCAGAAUCCAUCGUUCAAGGAUGACACGGAGAUCAUGGUCGUGAUUGUGACUGGUGGUCAGGAGUUCGCCGGCACUACAUCGAACAUCAAGUUUUACCUUAAGUCGCCGCAUCGUCAGCAGACAUCGUAUCAAAUCACACAGGAUCCCGGACAUCCGCAAUUGGUAAGGAACAGCACCAUUAAGAUAGCGGUUCCACGCGGCGACAUCUACAUACCAACCCGUUUGGCCCUGCGUCUCGUGCCCAAUGGUCGCUUUCCAUCCUGGUACUGUCGCUCCAUAACAGUGGUGGACCUGAAGUUCAAGGUUGAGCAAUUGUUCAUCGUAGAGAGCUGGAUUGAGCGGAAGAGUCACAUGCAGUUCAUGCGAUCCAAGUACUUCACACACGGCAGCUACCGCAGAUACCCCAAAUACACGUGGUGCAAGAGGUUCCGCACCCGAGCAGAGCAACUCUACAUCAGCUGGUUUCUGAUCAAUGCGAUUACAGGUCCUUCGCAAAGUAGGGCUGGGGGCAUCAUCAUAAGUCGGUUCGAACGCACCUGUGUGUGGAUCUGCAAGACUGCGAUUACUUUGUUGGUGGUGGUCUUGUACUUCGGAAAGCACACGGUGGAGUCCAUUCAGGAGGAGACCAGGCAAAACAUCGAUAAUGGCAUCCGUGUUCACGUGGUCGCUGCCCUGGGUUUCUACGCUUUUUUAAUUGGUUUAGUUGUGCACGUCCUGUUUGAAGUCGUCAUUUUACGUUGGCUUUGGCCACAAACGUAA